AAAACAUCUAUCUGGCAAAAUGCAAGAGACCUUACCAGGAAGGUAGAUGCAGAAUUCCUUCAGCAAAUGUACUCACAGAAGACAGAACACAGUAUUUCCGAAGCAGUUGAGAAAGUUGAAACAUCGAAGAAGAAACUGAAGAGCUUUUUGGACCCAAAGGUUGCCCAGAAUCUUGGAAUCUUUCUUGCUGGGUUUAAAAUGGAUGCUGAAGAGCUGAAGUUCAGAUUGGCUAUUGUGUCAGAAAAUAAUGGAGGACUCGGUGCAGAACAAAUAAACAUGUUAAGACGGUAUUAUCCAACAGCGGAAGAUAUGGAAACUUACAGGAAAUUCAAAGACAGACAGGCAGAGCUUGAACAUGCAGACCAAUUCAUGUUGCAGCUUUGUGAGAUUCCCCAUCUUAAAACAAGGUUGGAUGUGUUGAUGGUCAUCAAUGAACUCCCUGUUCAAUAUGAAGACCUUGCUCCGACAAUUGACAGGGUCCAUGAUGCCUGCAAGUUGCUUUGCUCCAGUGAGAAAUUUGUGUCUGUCCUGGAGCACGUUCUUGCCAUUGGAAAUUUCAUCAACAGUGGGUCAGCUCAAGGGGUUUCCAUGGGCUUCAGACUGAUUUCGUUGCCAAAGCUAGCAGAUUGCCGGGGCAGAAAUAAGUCAUGCACACUCUUAAAGUAUGUCGUUCAACAGAUCAAGAAAGACAACCCUGAACUUCUCAGCUUCAUUGAUGAAUUUAUGCCUAUGACUCGACUCUUUGAUGUGUCUGUCAAGGCCUUGGAAGCAGAAGUUGAGGUGAUGAAGCGGGACCUAAACAACGUCAAGAAGAACAUGACAGUUCUUCUUAAAGUCGAAAACCCAUCAGAAAGAGAUGUUGCAUUUUUUGAUGAUGUUGCUGCAUUUGUGGAGCAGUAUGGGCGAAAACUAGCAUCCUUGCAGAAAAAAAGUGAAGAAAUGAAAACGGCAUAUGAACGAAUGCUGGAGAGAUUUGCCGAGCCACAAGGGGUUGACUCAAGUGAUAUUUUUACUGCCAUCAGUGAUUUUGUCAAGGCUUUCAAACGGGAGAUGGAUCUUAUACAUGCUGCAGCUGGGCUUGGAAGGAGAAUGUCCAAGAUGAAGCCUCUCCAGCCAUAUCAUAAGAAAGAGGGUAGAACACACAUUGAAAGAGUAAUUGAACAGUCAUGCAGUGAUGCCGAUUCUGAGAAAAAGGUCAUGAAAGGAGGAAGUGUAGAUGAUACUUCUAAUCAUGUCGCCACCCUGAGGAAAGCAUUCAGUUCAGAUGACAGCAAGCCAUACAGUAAGCAUGGGCAAGAAAUACUUAAGGGAUUUCAGAACAAAAGGCAAGACAGGAGGCCGACUUGGAAUCCAACAAAAGAAGGCUAUUUGGAAAAACUUAGCAACACCAAGACGCCGCUUACCUCUUCAUGGAAUAGACGCUUCUUUGAGCUAACAACAAAUGGUCACCUUUAUUAUAGUAAGCGGAAAAAUGAAAAAAAUGUGGAGUCGAUUUAUUUGCGAGGCGUUCCUGUGGCACUUGAAGAUGAUAAAACUUUAACUGUGCAGACUGAAGAAAGAUGUUACAAGCUUCGAGCAAAUUCCAGCAAGGAAGCGCAACAGUGGCUGGAGUGCCUUCUUUUCUACACGCACAAACCAGCCAGUGUUCCAAAACGGUCACCCACACCAAAAACAUUUGAGGUGCACUAACAAUCAUACUUACUUAUUUCAAUCAGUUUGCUAGUGAACUUUUGUUUUGUGACCAUUCUCUGGAAUUACCACAUUGUUUAAACUUAUUGAUUGUUUAUUGGUUUGGCGUGGAGUUGAGUUGUUAUUAUAUUUUAUAUAACCGACAUACAGAUCCUUGUCAUUUGAUAGGUGGAACUGACAUCACGUGACAUUCGUUAUUGCUCCCAUUCACGUCGGGGCUCAAGAAGCCCCAUUCGCCCAUGGGAAAUACUAUUCAACAGUUGGGAUCAUUCUUGUUCCAUGAUGUAUUUGUGUGCAAAUGCAUGCUGGUGUGAAAGGCUCAGCCAGCACUACAGAGUUGGGUCCAAACAUUUUCGUGAAGGGGUCGUUUGGAGAAAGAAAUACGUUUUCCAAAUAGAGCUCAGUUAAAUUACUAGUGCGCUGACAAAGUGAUUCCUGCUGGGCGUACCAUGUUUGUGCAAACACCUAUGGAAAACUCGAAAUUGUGUACGUAUGCUGUGCGUCAAUUUGCAUAUCUGCGUUUGUAUUCUGUACAGGUGCGUUAUUGGAGCUGAUACGCCCAAAACCGCGAAGUACGAUCAGCAAAUGAGCAUUUUAUUUUGCUCUACGCAAACAGCGCAAUACGUGCGCGUAUCAGCUGCGGGAUGAUUAACAUGACUUUAAAAAAAAACACCAUCGGUGACGAGCUUGCGCGUUGCAAUUUAGAGUACACUUUCAAUAUAAAAUCAUCU